CUUGUACUGCCAUCGAACGUUGGACAAUAGCCACCACAUCUGGACGGUAUGCCCUCCCAUUCCCACUCUUCUUCUCUCAAGGCGUUUGCUUUCAUUUUCCUUUAGUUUUUAGUCCAUCUCAUCGUUAUCUUGACAUUGAAUUCUAUUGUAUUUGUUCUAUUUUCCCUAUUUCGGCCCUGAAAUGAUGGCAGAAUACUCUCGCAAAAUGCUCUUCAAGUAUCCAAUCUACUACAUAGCCCUGCUCGUCCUUGUAAUCGCCGUCGUCGCAAAGCCGCAAUGUGAUCCGAACAAAAUCAAAAGUCUCGAGCUCCGCGAGGUGUCAACUACCGAGGAGACGAACAAUGUCGAGGUACGAGACACAAACGAGGAUUGGGAUACUGUCACGACUUAUACCUUGGACGAUGACGAGGAUGGCAAUGUCCAAGACAAAACUGAUGCCGAUGCCAUUAAUCCUCUCGCCCCCAGUCACUGCUCCAACUGUGCCAAAAUUAAGAAGGCGAAGCCGAAGUAUAAGGGAAAGUGUGAUCCCAAAAACAGUUUGGGCUGGAAGUCCUCUCAUAACUGUAAAGGAACCAGCUAUCUGUGUGUCCAGAGCGGGAAAGCUACGUGUUAUGGGCGGCCGCUGUCAAAGUUGAACUUUGAGAAUGGGGAGUGUUUCAAAUAAGGGUGGAUCGGUAGGAGUUUUAAAUAACUGGUAUGGAUGGUCUAGCAUAUUCAACAUAUGCUUAUUGGGUAUCAGUAGCUAUUGUGCUAUCUUGUCUGAGGUAUUUGAUACAGCUGGUAAUGCAUUUUUAGGAUGACCUUUGGCGCGACUGUAUUUCAACC